ACCCGGCCGUCCCACGCUUUCCUUUGACCGGCAAAAGAGAAGAAGCCGAGCAAGAGCACCACGGGGAGAGAAGCCAGCCACUCGCCGCCGCGCCGGCCGCCCCCAGCAAGAAUCCAUCCACCAAAGCUGCUAGCUUGCUACCCCUCGUCCUCCGUCCUCGUCACCCGGCGAUCAAGCUAGAGGGCUAGCUGCUGAUCGAUCCGUCGAUCGAUCGAUCGGGGAUGUGGGAAGCUGGAGGCGUCCACGGCAGCCACGAGGCGCUCCUCCUGCAGGCCGCCGGAUCGGGGGCGGGAGGCGACUACGGCCACGCCGGCCCGGCCCUCCUCCCGUGGCUCGGCCCGGCCGCGGCGCCGGGGUUCUCCUACAUGGCCCCCCACCAUCAGGGCCCGGCCUUCGGCGCCGAGGCGGCCGCGGGAGCGUUCGGCUUCGGCGGCGGGUACGGCGGCGACGGGGGCGGCGCGGGGCAGCUCGGGGUGUUCGGGCUCGAGCCGCCUCUGCCGCCGCCGCCGCAAGGCCUGCUGGCCGCCGCGGCGGGCGGCGGCGGGGCGCUGCCGCAGGGGCCGAGGAUGGUGUCCGGGCUGCUGGGCACCCUGCAGGCGGAGCUGGGGCGGAUGACCGCCAAGGAGAUCAUGGACGCCAAGGCGCUGGCGGCCUCGCGCAGCCACAGCGAGGCCGAGCGCCGCCGCCGCCAGCGCAUCAACAGCCACCUCGCCAGGCUCCGCAGCCUCCUCCCCAACACCACCAAGACGGACAAGGCGUCGCUGCUGGCCGAGGUAAUCGAGCACGUCAAGGAGCUGAAGCGGCAGACGUCGGCGGUGCUGGGCGCCGCGGCGGAGGGCGAGGGGGAGGAGGCGGCGGCGCGGCAGCACCUGGUGCUGCCGACGGAGUCCGACGAGCUGGCGGUGGACGCGGGGGAGGACGGCGAGGGGAGGCUCGUCGUGCGGGCGUCGCUGUGCUGCGAGGACCGCGCGGGGCUCAUCCCGGACAUCGCCCGCGCGCUCGCCGCGCUCCGCCUCCGCGCGCGCCGCGCCGAGAUCGCCACGCUCGGCGGCCGCGUCCGCAACGUGCUCCUCAUCACCACCGCCGCCGCCGACGAGGAUGAGGAAGGUCGGGGGCAAGGGGACGACGACGAGGAAGGCGGCGGCGACGACGCCGACGGGUGCGGCGCUCGCGCCAGCUCCCACCACCGGAGGCACGAGCUCGUCGCGUCGAUCCAGGAGGCGCUGCGCGGCGUCAUGGACCGCAAGACGGCGAGCAGCGACACGUCCUCGUCUAGCGGCGGCGGCGGCGGGAGCAUCAAGAGGCAGCGCAUGAGCGGCGCGCACGAGCAAGGUUCGCUCUAGUGCGGUAACUCUAGCUAGUAGCCAGCUAGCUACUAGCUCCAUGCCCUCCCUCCAUGCUAGCAUGAAAUAUGCAAGCAUGCUUCCAUGGCUAGCUACUAGCUAGCGGAUGAAACUCAUCUCAAGCUAAUUAGUAUAGUUAUGAAACUAUAGUCACUCCAAACUUAGAUGGAUCGAGCUGGCUCUUCUUUUUUGCUGCUAUGGUAAUGGUGUGGAUGAGGGAAAGAAAAAAAAUUGGAAACAUGGAGAUGCCCGAGGUAGAAGAGAGGGAGAGUUUUAUGUAUCCCUUAUAUAUGUUUGUGUGCUUUUUUUUUUUACUUCGCGUAUGUAUCGGGGAGAGAGGGGGGAAUUUGAGAGGCUAUUACUGAUAAACCUCUCAUAAAAUGGGGUGAUAAGGGUGUACAUGUAUAAUCUCUGGGGUAUAAUGGAAGAUGGAAUUGGUGGGCUGGUCAUUUCUUCAUGAGUGUGGCAUGGAGCUAGAUCGAGUGCACUGAUCUUCACUUUUCAAUCAUAUUGUUGUUUGCAUCCCUUGGGAAUACAUUGCAUGCUAAUUUUAUCCCUUUUGUUUAUCUUUU